GAGCACGCGGUCUGGGAUGUGCUAGCCGCCCUGUGACCGUCAACACAGGGUGAAACUGAGGAAGAAGAGCGGCUGGAUCCUGAGUGAUCGGCUGUGGAGUAGCCAACUUAAAACUAACUUCAGCGACCGACAGGAACGCAGACCAUCUCCCUGCUGAAGACAGCUCAUCAGGUAGGCCGUCUGCAUCCCCCGCCAUGCAGUGUGUUAGGCAUUAGUUGUUUUCAAAUGAAGCGUUGGCUAGGUUUACGGAGACAUGUCCACAUCCCUUUUGUGGAUCCUAGUUUCAGUUUCGGCUGAUUUUCUCGCUGUAGACAGGGUCUCUUCCUCUUCAGCUGGUGAAAUGAACAUGAGAAGAAGCUCUGAGUGGUUGGAAAUCCGUCUUAGCAUUUUUGUUGGAUUCCGCGCGUGUGGGUGGUGACGCCGUGUGCCAAAAAGGAUCAUCCGCAGAAAAGUGAUUGCAGUCCGAGGGAGCGCGCGCCGUAUACAAGGAAAUUGGGCAUUAGGCACAACACCUGUUCCUCCGGAACGCAGGACCGGCUCUUUUCACAAGCUGCUGAUUGGUUCUGUGGGGAACUCUCCUUCUGGACAAGAAAACAGAGGGUCAAACACUGGAAGAGUGGUGUCCUCUCCACGUUUGAUGACAGCACAUAACGCUCACAUGCAGAGAUAAACCUGCCAGCCACAAUUUAAUCUACACAGACAUGUCUGGUACAAACCUUGCGAUUUUCCUUCUAUGUGCACCCAUCAUGGGUCAGACAACUGUGCUUCUCAAUGCCCCUGUUGGAGGCUCUGUCCUGAUUCACUGUUACCUACCAGUUCAUCCACUGAAUCUCAGAUGGUUUUACUGGCAGGAGGACCGGUCUGACAACAUUUUGUUCCACUGGGACGCCAUUGGAAAAACAUCUCCAAUAGCUGAUGAAUACAGGAACAGGUGUCACCUCUUCAAUACUGAGUUUACUUCUGGAAAUAUUUCCAUUACACUUGACAAUGUUGUUGUGGGGGAUGACCAGAAAACCUUCUGGGCAUAUGUUAGUUAUGAUAAGCAGAAAAUACAGUCUGAACAAUGGUGCAAAUCUACAUUGCAGGUUUCAGCUCCCUAUCAAGAUCUCAUCCUUACAGUUAACAAGACAGCAAACAGUGCAACCUGCACAGCACAUGGAGGAUACCCUGAACCUCAAGUGUCAUGGUCAGGUCUAAACAAAUCCAGUGCUACACAGCUGGACUUGCAGGGUGCUGAGAUGUCCCUGCAGCAGGAUGCAACAGAGAAAACCUUCUCUGUCAUAACCAGUGUCAGUGUGAAGGAGUUGCAAUCUGUAACCUGCCUCAUCUACAACCCUCACUCCAACGAGAGUCUGAAAAAAACCACAGAGAUUGAGGCUCCUGGUGAGGAUCAGCAGAGGAACCGUUAUGUAUUACUUGUUCUUGUACUUGUACUUGUAAUUGUACUUGUAGUAACUUGUUGGUGCAGAGAAUGUGAGUGAACUUAACAAUAACAAUAGAGAAUAUCUUAUUUGAUAUAUAAAUAUAUCAUCAACUAGUGAAAAAGAAUGAACAACCACUGUUCUUAGCGAAAAAGGAAGGAGAAGCUCAGGUGCCUUUCAAGCAGCCGUGUGCUGAAUGUAGCUCUUCAAUGUCACUUUUUGUGAACUGACCAAGUAGAGUACUGGCACCUGUUUUUUUCCACUUCAAGCACUGACGCUACUGGUACACAGUAAUAGUACGCGCUGGUACUCUGUACUGUGUACCAGUACAUGAAAUGUGGACCACAUGGUAAAGAUUUCAUGUAAAUGUAAUGAUGUUUGUCACACAGAGAUAACUUCCUGCUGCCAGUAGAUGACCCUAUGACAGUGCGUCAAUAUUGGAAUGUACAGUAGAUGGGUUCAGACGUAAAGUUUGGUGCAGAUUUGAGCAUGUACAGUGAAGUUACAACAACUUCCUGUUUCAUAAGUUUUAUGUUUUUGAGCAUGUUUAGGCCACCAAAUAUGCACUUAAUUUGCAGAAAGAAAGAAAGAAAAAAGAAAUCCUUCAGUUUCAAUAGGGUCCUCGCAUGUGCUAUAGGUGUGACACUGUCAGUACUGUGGAGUCACUAUCAAAACCACAAUCAUAUUUAAACAAAAUGUACAUAAAGUCUUGGUGUUUCACCUAAAAUAUAAUAGUGGCUUAGAAUAAAUAAACAGAAGUUACAAAUACAUGUUUUAAAAGUGGUAGUGGACAUAGAGUGGAGUGCUAAAAUGCAUCAGUUACACACAACCAAGGAAAAGUACACUGCUGGCAAUGCCUGGAUCUAUUAGCAUGGAUAAAAAUAAGUCCCCUCCCCCCAGGGCCCACAGUAAACCCACCCCAGCAGCAACGAAUGUAUCUGAGGAGAUUGUUUGAGAUUCCACCUGUGGAUGGUUCUGCAGACUGAGUGACGAAUGAGGACACUACUGCUGAUGAUGUUGCUGCAGAACAGGAAAUACUACUGUUCAGCGACAGCAAGAACAAUGUUGAUGAAACAAACACCUAAUGAAGUGUCACGGACAAAUAAGAGUCACCAGAAUGAAUCAAGCCUGGGAUCAGAACUGUUGCUGUUUGGUCUGGUGGGUUUGAGCAGGUGAAAAAGCUGUUUGUAAAUCUCUGGUACUGAUUAAACAACCCGACCGAAACUGCCUGACAAGGUCCACAUCCAAGCAGACUGGAUCUGUAGAAGGUAUUUAUAUAUUUAUGUAUUUCAUUUGGUAACCAUGGAAACACAUUGACAUAUUAACAUGUGACUGCUGGGAUUUUCUGCAUUCUACUGACAGUUCAUGAAGUCCAUUUAAAAGUGUGUGACAUAGUGGUUCCACAGUGAUUCCUCUGAUAUAUUCCUGUACCAGAUGCCUUCUUUUCAUUCUGUAUCUGUCUGCUUUUCAUCAUUCAACAUCAGAUAAUGCAGUGCUGCUUCCUAUGUAAACAUAUUGAUCUCUGGUGUCAAAUAUUUCAUGGAGAAAUAACUAAUAAGCAUUAAUAGAGUGCAAAACAAUGGAUGAGACUGCUUAAUACACACAAACUAACUCUCUUUCACACCUGUAGUUUCAUUUGGUCUAGACAAGGAAAAAAAGUUUGUUGUCAUUUUGUUCUAGCCCAGUUUGUGUUCACACUGACUUUUUCUAAACCAAGAGAAGUAAAUGAUGUCAUCCCGAAUCAUCACUGCUACGUGGACCCAUGUGGCGAGGUGAUAAUUCAGUGACCAAUGUCUGGAGGUGUGUGUGUGUACAGUAUGUGUGCACACUUUACAGCCCCCCUGCACUCACACCCACCUCAAUUAAUACACACACACACACACGCACAAUGAUUUAUGUGUAAAGUACAGUACACAUUCAUGCUGUAUGUCCAUAAAUAAAGUUUUUAAUCUCGUCUAUGCAUUUUAUUGAACACUGUAUCAAGGUAAUUUACUAUUAUAUAAUACAAGGUUGUACAACAAAUACACAAAUAAAUACAUACAGAACUGGU